AUGGGGCAUCCACUAUGCGCCAGCUUUGCAGGUGAAAGUGUUUGGGACCACCCGUGUGACGAACACUACCGCAAAGUCUACGAAAAGUACAAGGCGAAGAAGGAGGCUGAUCGCACGCCCGGGAACGACGAUUCGAAGAGGAAGGACAAGAAGGACAAAAAGGAAAAGAAGCGUAAGAGUGGUUCAGGCGAUUCGUUAGGUGCUGACCUCCUCGAUGUCCCACCAAAGAUGGACCUGCCCAAACCUGGCGAGUCGCUGUUCGGCAAGCCCAGCAAAAAUAAGCUUGUCUUUGACUGCAAGCCAAAGGCUAAAGCGCAAGCCACACAGCCACAGGCGCCGGCGUCGACGGCCGAUGCCGACAGUGCUUUUGAGACACAAAGAGCGAAGCUUGAGGCCGACCACCAAGAGAAGCUACAGCGGCUUGAGAAAGAGCACCAGAGGAAAUCCUGCGGCAGCUCGAGUCAGACUUUGAACGCCGGCGUGAUGAGAAAACUCAGCAGCUGGCAUUGGAAAUGGAGAGGACGAGUUCCGCUCUGGUAUGAUACACUGCUGUCAAAGCAUUUCCAGAAGUCUAUUUGCAAGUCUGACGUCUGA